UCGCUCCCGGAAGUGAAGGGUCUGCUCAGAGCGCCGCUGGGUCUGUGUGCCCGGAGGCAGCAGCGCUCGCGGAGCUCGCCUGCCGGCCCCCGACCGCCAUGUCGGCCUUCGACACCAACCCCUUCGCGGACCCAGUGGACGUAAACCCCUUCCAGGACCCCUCUGUGACCCAGCUGACCAAUGCCACGCAGGGUGGCCUGGCUGAAUUCAACCCCUUCUCCGAGACAAAUGCGGCAACAACGGUUCCUGUCGCGCCGCUUCCGGGGCCCUCGCAGCCAGCGGUUCUCCAGCCCUCGGUGGAACCAACCCAGCCAACGCCCCAGGCCGUGGCUUCUGCAGCCCAGGCAGGCCUGCUCCGGCAGCAGGAGGAACUGGACAGGAAGGCUGCCGAGCUGGACCGCAAGGAGCGGGAGCUGCAGAACACGGUGGCCAACCUGCACGUGAGAGAGAACAACUGGCCGCCCCUGCCCUCCUGGUGCCCGGUCAGGCCGUGCUUCUAUCAGGACUUCUCCACAGAGAUCCCUGCCGACUACCAGCGGAUAUGCAGGAUGCUCUACUACCUCUGGAUGCUGCACUCGGUGACUCUGUUUCUGAACCUGCUCGCCUGCCUGGCCUGGUUCUCGGGCGACAGCUCCAAGGGCGUGGACUUCGGCCUCUCCAUCCUGUGGUUCCUCAUCUUCACCCCCUGUGCCUUCCUGUGCUGGUACCGACCCAUCUAUAAGGCCUUUAGGUCCGACAACUCCUUCAGCUUCUUCGUCUUCUUCUUUGUAUUUUUUUGUCAAAUAGGGAUCUACAUCAUCCAGCUGGUUGGCAUCCCUGGCCUGGGGGACAGUGGUUGGAUUGCAGCCCUGUCGACGCUGAAGCAAGAGUCGCUGGCCGUGUCCAUCAUCAUGAUGGUGGUGGCCGGCUUCUUCACGCUCUGCGCCGUGCUCUCUCUGUUCCUCCUGAAGCGGGUGCACUCCCUGUACCGGCGGACAGGGGCCAGCUUCCAGCAGGCCCAGGAGGAGUUUUCCCAGGGCAUCUUCAGCAACAGAACCCUCCGCGGCGCGGCUUCGUCCGCUGCCCGCGGCGCCUUCCAGGGCAAUUAGUGCCGACGGCCCCUGCCCAGCCUCGCUGUCGCCUGCCUUCUGAGCUGCACUUUCCUGGGUGCCUUACGCGUGGUCACGGCCGGCACGGCCGCGGGGGUCCAGCCGUGGCUCUCCUUCCGAGCGACUGGCUGACCGUCCACCAGGGGAGGGGCGGGAGGGACAGGGCCUUUUUUACACAAGACAAAAGAGAAAAAACACAACUGUCUGUCUGCUCGGCGGGGCCCCGGGCGGAUCCCUGGACUCAGUGGGCUGAAGCUCUCCGCUCCCCGGCGCUGGGGGCGCUGGCUGGCCUGGGUCCACCCACCUGGAGUCCGCCCUCCUGCCUGGGCUGGCGGGCGGAUAGCUCUGUUCCCCAGGUCACGCGGGAUGGCCAUCUGGCUUCCAGAGCCGCUGACCUGGCUGCCCCCGGCCCCAGCACCCACCGGGUGGGGGCCCUCCCCGAGCCCUUCUCUCUCGAGACUUGGUGCCCGCGCAGAGGCGCUGGGAGGAGUCGGGGACUCUGACCCGCAGCGUCCUGCCCUGCCUCUGCUGUGGUUGGCCCGGCCCCGUUCCCGUUCCCUUGACUUCUCGGUGCUGGGGCACAGCUGCCCUUUGCCUUAGCCUCAGCGUCACCACCCCUGCCCCGCCCCAGGAGCUGCGUCCCCAGGCAGGACCGAGGGGCCCGCAGGGUGGAGCCUGGGUCACCUUCACUCGCCCUGUGCCAGCACCGGUCCUCCCCAGGCCGCGGGCCUCGGCCCUGGACUGCCAGGCUGGCCAGCCUGCCUCCCUGCCGCCUCCUGCCUGUGGGACCCGAGGCUGCCCUGAGGCUGUCCCGGGGCUGGGCCGCCUGGGCCCAGAGGCGCCCAGUGAGGGCGGCAGCCACCAGGGUUGUGUAAACUCUUCUGAUAUUUUCUCCUCCAUGUACAAAUGUAUAUGUUAUGUCUCAAUUUUUGUGCUUAAAUAAAGAUUUUCUGACAA